GUUAAAUUGUGGUGAACGUGGUGUAAUUGAUUAUCUGACGUUGAGUAAUUGUUUAAAAUAUGGCAAAGCGACAAUUAUUACUUAUUUCUUCUUCAAGAGUUCAUGGAUUUGAUUUUUUAGAACAUACAAAACAGGCAAUAGAUGAUUUAUUGCAAAAAAAUAAUGUAAAAACAGUUUUAUUCAUUCCUUAUGCCUUAAGAGAUCAUGAUGACUAUACAAAAACUGUUUCGAAACCUUUAAAUAAAUGGGGUUAUAAUGUAAAUAGUAUUCAUACUAGUUCAAAUCCAGUAGAUGCAGUUAAUAAUGCUGAAGCAAUUUUUAUUGGUGGUGGAAAUACUUUUGUUCUUCUUAAAACACUUAUCGAAAAGAAUCUGGUGAAUUCAAUUAGAAAACGUGUUUUAGAAUUUGGUGUACCAUAUAUGGGCAGUAGCGCUGGUACAAAUGUCGCCACUCGAUCUAUACAUACUACCAAUGACAUGCCAGUUGUUUAUCCACCAUCCUUUGAUUCUUUGAAUCUGGUACCAUUUAAUAUUAAUCCACAUUAUAUUGAAAAAGAGGUUUCAACUCAUAAAGGUGAAAGCAGAGAUCAAAGAAUUCAUGAAUUUAUUGAUUAUAAUAACAGAGUUGUAAUUGGAUUAAGAGAAGGUACAAGUUUAUUAGUUCAGGGUGAUUGCGUUAAAUUAGUUGGAGAUAAAAGUGCUAAAUUAUUUUUAACUAAUCACGAUACCCAAGAGUACGAGCCUGGAUCUGAUUUGAGUUUUUUAAUACAUGAUGCUGAAAAAUAAUGUUUCUUUAAAACAAAAUUGGGUAAAGAACAUACAAACUUGUUUAAAGCUGUUUAAAAAAAAAAUUUUUAUAAUAUGUGAAUUAAUGCACAAGGUAUGCGGCAAUAAAAUUUUGA